CAACGCUAGUUUUGUGCUUGCUGCUGUCGGCAGCGUUUUCUUCUUUCAACGUUCUGUUUUGUCGGCAAGGCUCCGCUCAGGUACUAGGUGCGCCUGUACUGCAGUGUAGGUGGUAGCGGUGAGCCGUAAAGCGGUGAUUUUCACUUGUUGCGAGCACCACGCCGUUGGGCACCGAAAGGAAAAUGGGACGGACUGCUGCUUCUCGCUCCCAGUGGUCGCCAUCACUGCUGCUGAUGGUGCUUCUCGGAUUGAUUGUGACGGCUGCGUCGCAGGAAGGCAACCAAGUUGUUCCUGAUCCAGGUAAUGGAGAGCUUGGAACUGUGUUUGGUAUCGUCGAAGUCCAACCCGAUGGCACGCUAGCCUGUUAUGACCCUAUCCCAGAAGAUGGGGGGUCAGUGGAAGAAUGCCGGGGUUACCCGCUGGCACAAGGCUGGAUGGCGUUGGAUGGUGUGUGUCACCGCUGCCCUGGCGACAGUGAAAGAGCACAGAUUGUGUCGUGUGAACAGGACGGCAUGGAGUACCAGGUCAACACGGAGAUGCACUACAGCUGUGGCUUUGGCUAUUCACUCAGUGCCGGUAGUUCCGAGACUCGCCUUUGCGCAGAGGUUGGCUGGCUGCCACCGAAGCUGCCAGUUUGUGUCAAACAGGAUGAUCCAUCUGUACUGUGUCCGUCGGACUGGCGAUCCUGGGGUCAGUGUGAAGCGAUGGGAUGCGGCGAGCCAGGAAUGCGUAUCCGUGAGCGUGGCAAGUACUUUGUCUUCCCCGGCUCGGGUAACGACUACUAUUCCCAGUGUAAUCCGCAGUCUGGCUAUGAGGAGUGUGUCGCGACCUGUGAUGAAACCACACAAGUUCCGCAAGUAACAACCGACAUGGUGCAGCCAAAUGCCACCACACUACCUCCAGUGGUUAGCACACAACAGGCCGUGACCGAGGCUGCUACAGAACCUGACACUGAAGCGCCUACUACACAGCAGGCUGACACUGAAGUGCCUACUACGCAAGAGGCUGACACUGAAGCACCUACCACACCGGAACCUGCCGCUGAAGUUCCCGUGACAAAGCGGGUUGUAACAGAGGCCAGGACUGAGGCGCAAACUGAAGCUGCUACCGAGGCACCCGCAGUAGAAACUGAACAGCCAACGGUAGCGGAAACAACAAUGCCGGCUGUUGAGACCACAGUGAAACUCACUAAAAAGCCUGUUUUUACUACUCGGAUGGCCGCGGAACCCACGGAAGCACCACAAGGGCCGGAAGAGACUGUCGGCCGUAAUCCCGGCAUGCCUAUGCAAACAGCGAAAGGAUACGUUCCACCUGCAAUGCCCACGGUGCCUGCAGUGAAUCCCGUCAAUGAAGUGGUGUGCGAGUAUGAGAAUGUCCAGUACCCUGUAAACACCGUUCUCUCGCAUUCCUGCGCAAACGGCUAUCAACGAACCAAUGGCAAAGCCUACAGGAAGUGCAAGGGUGAUGGCCUUUGGCAUGGCAAGGAGCCGGUCUGCAUUCACAGACAAUCUCAUCGCAAGUGCCCACCCGAUCAUACGUCCUGGGGUGACUGCAGCAAGGUGUGCCGUGACGUUCCAGGGCCCGCGGGUAUCAAGGAACGGUUCGUGCACGACCUGGAGAUUACCUACGACGCCGCAUCUGCCCAAGUGACCAGCAAGUGCGUGAUAUUCCGUGAGACACAGGCUUGCCGUGGUGAUUACAAAUGCAACGCACCGUGUGAGAGGCUGGCUGUGGAGAACGGCGUUGUCAGGGUUGUCCAGCACCCUUUCAUCAAAUCAUACCAUAACGGUUCGCAGGUCGAGGUCAUAUGUAACGAGUUCUACGAGCUGACUAGUGCUCUGCCUACAGUUUUGUGUCACAAUGGCGAAUGGGCAAAUCCAAUCCCGCGCUGCAUCUUGAACCCGAAGCACAGCUGCACCCCAGUGCCGAAUCCUGCGAACGGCAUCUGCGGGCCAGCCAAGCAAGAGUACGCCAUCGACGAGUACGUGGUGUGUACGUGUGACCCGGGCUAUGGCAACCAGGGUUCGGCGAUUCGCUAUUGCCUGGAGAACCACCAGUGGUCCGGCAAGCCCGGCCAGUGCGUCCGUGACCAUCCAAAGACUUGUGGAGACCCUGGCUACCCUGAAAAUGGUCAGCUUGCACAUGGAAGAGACUUUGGCCGAGUUGGAAGCCAGGUCAGCUACUAUUGCAGAACUGGCUUCUCGCUGAGGGGACGGCGUGUUCUGACCUGCCAGCGUGAUGGACGCUGGGAUCAUCCUCGUCCCAAUUGCGAAUUCAACUUCCAACCUGUGUCGAGUCUCGUCCACAGCCUGAUGAGCAUUCCGGCGAGAUCCUGCACUGGCAAUGCUUGCCCGUGCAUGGCUCAAGAAUCUUGCCAGAGCUGCUAUCGGCCCAGCGCUUUCACAUACAGGAAUGUACUGCGCCAGCAUCAGCACUGCUGUGGCACGUGCAACAAGUACUGUCUUGAACUGGUCUUUGCCAUUGAUGAGUCAGGUAGCAUUAAGGAUAAGCACUUCAGUGCGGCGAUCGAAUUCACGGAGGACAUUGUAUCUUCUUAUCUUGCACGGACGUCUAAGCUGGCUCCCGAUUGUCUUCGUGUGGGUGCUGUAAAAUUCUCUCAUCACGCCCGUGUAGUUGCCAACUUAACCGAUGCCAGGGAGUUCAGGUGGCCAGAAGAGGAAAUGACUCCGUCCGGCGGUGGCACGGGAAUCCGUUGUGGAUUGACCAAAGUCAAUGAGGUGCUGAGGCAGUCGCGUCGCGGCUGUCGCAAAGUCGUCUUCGUCAUCACUGACGGCAAGUCCAAUCACUGUGGAAACCCUGCGAAAACGGCCGCCGCCCUCAGAUGUGCCUGCAGCGAACUGUUUGUGGUGGGAAUCGGCUCUGACCUGGAGAUGAGGAAAUUGACCCGUAUUGCCUCAAAUCCCACUGAAAACCACCUCUUUGUACUUCGGCACUUCGAUGAUCUCUUCCAGUUUGGCGCUGCAUUCAGAAGUGGAGUGGUGACAGUUUAACCUAAAUACUGUUUUCUACUGGUAUUUUCUUCUAUAAUUUCAUUUUCAGCAGUUUUCACCAAGUCACGGACAGCAGGAUUGUCCUUGAAUUUCUAAGGUCAGCUAAGUUGUUUUCUGCGACAUAUGCUGUGCAGUCCUAAAGCCAUCCUUUCAAACCGUCAAGGCAAGCAUUGCCAAAAUUGAGCAUGCAAUGCACAUGUAACGCUCGGCCCGGACACACACAAUGUUGGAGGCAAUGCAUGUAGCGAUGCACAUGGCAAAUUGUAUAUCCAGGAGUGCAUGUAGCGAAGAAUGCAACCAACGAAAUCCAA